CAACAAGAAUAAACCCGAUUGGCUCUGCAUACGUGUAAAUUAAUGGGAAAAUAUACCUAUUUGAAGAGCAGAUAAAUUUAAGAAACAUUGAAAACAACCAUUUCUUUGGUCAAAAUUUUUAAUGGUAUUUUCGCCAGUAGUAUAAAAUUAAACAAGUAUUUACUCAUUUGAUCAAAUGAGGUCCUAUUGCCAUGGUGAUUGCUCAAUGAAAGAAAGCUGAGAGUAUAACAGGAAACUUUUCCAGGUGUGUAGACAGGAUUCAAAACAAAUCUGGAGCUUCAGGCGAAUGAAAUAUUUCUGUAGUUUUUUUUAAGGCAUACGUAAACGGUAUUUUUUUUCCAGUGAACAAUCUAACUGGAACAAAAUUAUAAAAAGAAAUGAUGUGUGAUAUAUGAAUCACUUUAGGGAGAUGAAUAUUAUUUAAAAAAAUACUAAAGCUAUUUAAAAUAUAUACAAUAGAAUACGAAAAAUAAUAUUACAGAUAAUUAAAAAUUAAUUCACAACAACACAAAUAGUGGAUGUUUUCAGGUGGAUUUAAAAAUUAAUUUAGUCAGAAAAAAUUUCUAUUGUUUUUUUUUAAUUUGCAUUAACUUAAAUUGUAAACAAUCCUUAGCGCUCUCCGACAGUAGUGACGAAACUAAUGAGACUUUGUCGUUUUAAAGAAUUAAAUUUGAAACUCCAGAAUCACAUGUUGUUUUAGAAGCAGUUGUGAUGAAAUAUGUUUAAUCAAGUGUUUUUAAAAUUUAUGGCAUUAUCUUCUUUAUUUUCUUUUGUGUUCACUCUUCGAUGUUUUCAAUGCUCUACAUCCGCACAAAAUUGCAAUGAAAAGCAACGAAAAGUAUACUGCCAAUCACACGGACAUGCAUGCUUAACAUUGACGUAUUCUUACAAAGAUUAUGAUGACUCGAUACGAUAUUAUUCUGAGAAAAAGUGUGUACCACCUGAUUCUUUCAACUGCAAGUCAUACUGUGAUGGACAUCGUUCGCAUUAUUGCGAGGCACAGUGUUGUAGAAAGAAUCUCUGCAAUGAACGAAACAACAGCAGUUUAAAGCAACCCUUAAGUUUCGUUGACAUAUUUACGUUUCUUGCCUUGUACCAUGCUUGUGUGCAUUUGGUAAUAUCCAAUCCUUAAGUGAAUCCAUAAAAAAAUUGUAUGUAAAGUUAAACCAGUGUCAGUUCGUUAAAGGUGAAGUGGCUCCAUAUUCAAGAAUACUGAUUCAGACUUUUAGAUAGUCAAUGUACCUUCUACCAAAACAAUCUGUUUAGAAAAGUAUUAUCUAGAUAUAUGAUCCUGUGACACAAGUUUCACAAGUGAAAUGAUACUUAUUUGCUGCUAGCCCACACAAAAAUGUUAUUAAAUACGAGUUCUUGAUAUAAAGGUCAAUAUGUAAAGAAUAAAAAAAAAUUAAUAGUUAUAUAUAAAUAUCCAUGCUUUCCGUUUUGACGAUUUUAUUUUAUCUUGUGAUUAAAUUUUAUUGUAAUAUAUGUAUUUGUAUUAAAAUACAUUGUAGUCGCGAUU